ACCCUUGACUCACAGCUGCUGUCAAAAUUUACUGUGACUGUUUCAAGGUAAAUAAUGAAAUUCGGAAAUACGUGAGCUGAUCUUGUAAUAUUCACUGCACACUAUGCCAAGUGAGUGACGCAACAAGCAACGUGAAAGGUAGAUGAGCUUUUUUCUGCUGUUUAUUAAAACUUUUUUUACGCAUGACUUGAAGAACACCGCGCUCUAAAAGAGAGUGACCUACUUCACAAAGAAAGGAUCUAAGCAAACGAGUGUGAUGUUAAGUUACGAAGGAACAGGAACAAUAAAGUAAAUGGAUAUAACAUGGCAAAAAAACAAUAGCCUGAAUUAUCAAGGAAAAAUAAUCACAUUAAGCUGUAGAAAUGAACUACCGUUUUUGAUUAGUCAUCUGAAUCGAGGACUCUGAAAGAUGCUUUUGCCUAUCAUCUGCUUCUGACUGUACAUUUUUCUUAUCAGUUAUUUUGCUUAUACGCUAGCAAAAUGCCAGAUAUUAGCACAAUCACGCUGUUAAGAUUACGUUUAUUCUGAAAAUUUUUGAGUCCCGUUAAUGCUUUGAGUUUAUUGAAUUGCUUUCAUCUUUCCCAUAAAAUUCAUAACUUUAUUUAUUAAAUUACUUUAUAUGUGCUUCAUUACUUUAUAAUUUAAGAUUUAUUACUUUAUUACUUGGCAUUUUAAUUUCUGUACAAAGAGUUUCAUCCUGAUCAUGAUCGAUUUCAAGAACAAAACUUCAUGCACCAAUUUGAUCCAGAACUUCUCAACAAAUGGUGUAUUUGAAAUAAACCAGACGAUUUCAAAUAAUCCGGCAAAACUGACAAAAUAAUGAACAGUGCAAAGAAGGAGAAAUGAUUUUCCUGUAGAUGUGUCUGAAAAAGCAGUUAUACACCCGAAGUGGGCUGUGACGAUGAAAAAGAUUCUCAACAAUAUCUUUGCUGUGAUCGAUAGAUAACACGCACACAAAAUAAAGCAAUAUGGUUGCCUUACUUUUGUUCAUGGUUGCCACAGUGGUGGCUCUAGUACUGUUUGACUGGUAUGAAGAAGAGCAUUCGAACCAGCAGCAGAAUUCUCGUCCUUUCACAGAUGAACCUCGUGCCGAGCGAUACUACACCAGUUGCAGUAUUUUCACUGUGCUAGGUUUCACCAGGGAAGAAAUUAAAACUUUCACUGCCUUCAGGGACCAUUUUCGAAGCUAUGCUGAAGUGACCAGUGCCAUGCGGAGGGCUGGUCUGGAAAGAAUGCGUCUCAUCGUGGGCAUAGACUUUAGUGCCAGCAAUGAGUGGCAAGGACGAAGGACUUUCAAAGGUGAGCUGCUUCAUGCCCUGAAAGGCUCGGCUGUGUUUAACCCGUAUCAAAAAGUUCUGCACACUUUGGCCCCGGCUUUCACCCCAUUCCUGCACAAUCAGCCCAUCCACGCCUAUGGGUUUGGCGACGUUCGCACAAAAGAUUACGACGUCUUUCCCUUAAAACCAUCCGGACCUGCAUGUGUGGAUUUAGAAGAUGUCCUGGACGCUUACAACCAUAGUGCGCGAAGAGUGCAACGAAGUGGCCCCACGACCCUCGCACCCAUUAUUCGUCGUGCCACGGACAUUGUCCGGCGCACGGGCAUGUUUCACAUCCUGUUGAUCGUGACAGAUGGUCAAAUGAGACCGGACGAGACGCACACGCGCCACGCCCUAGUGGAAGCAUCCAAAAGCGCCCUCAGCAUCGUGGCUGUAGGAGUCGGGGACGGGCCUUGGCGAGCCCUCGAAGAAUGGGACGAACGAGUGCCCGACCGGGUCUUCGACAACUUCCAUUUCGUCAACUAUCACCAUGUGGUCAGAUCGGCAAGGAAUGCAGAAGCGGCGCUGGCGCUGCACGCCCUCAUGGAGAUUCCAGAUCAGUACCAAACGAUUUUGAGGUUAAAUUAUUUGACGAAAUAUUGAUUCGAGUAAUUAUGUGAACUGCUUUCUUUCUGCCCAGUGCAAUAAUCUUUUUUUUUUUUUUUUUUUCCUAGCUUGAGAUGAGUAUCAAAUGACGAAUUUUGAAACAUAUUUUUUCUUGAUUUUUUUAAUACUCUCUCCUCGAAUUAAAGUAAAUGAUAAGAUAUAGUCUAGUCAUGGUUUUUCAGUAUUUUAUGCUUUCUGCACUUUUAGAAUUCAUGCUUGAAAUAUUACGUUCUUAUAAAAAAAAAUUAUUGAUAUAUAUGUAUGCAAAGAUAUCUGAGGAAGAAAAAUCAAAAUGUACAAACAAAUUUUAUAUUUAAAAAUUAUUACUCAAAUAAGGAUAAAAGUGGAAGUGCAAAUCACAGCUAGUUAUAAAUAAUUUAUUUAUAUAACUAUUAUUAAACUCCCUAACUGUUAUAUAUAAUGUCUAACUGACAAAUAUGAAUUUUUUUAAUUUCAUGCUUUAUGAUGCAUUGUAGUAUCUCCAUUUUUUUUCACUCAUCCCUAUUCCUCUUGACAUGUAUCAUUUUCUUGAAAAGGUUUUGCCACUCUGAAAGAAAAAUGUGCUACAAUUUGUACUAGAUUAAAUAAGGAUGUAAGCCCUUUAUUUUUUGGUCACAAAUAUGAUGGUAAUGCUUACAUCUCUCCCAUUUUAGAAUUUUAAUAAGAGAAAGUAAUGCUGAUAAACAUCCCAGUUUGAAAUUUUUUGUUACCGUGUAACAAAAAAAAAAAAAAAAAACGUUAGCUAUUCAACUCAUCUCUUAUUUAUCAUUAAUAAAUACUACAUUCUCCUUCAAACAAACAAGGGGGGAAAAAACUACUUUGUACAUUUUAUAUUAAUGUUAACAAAUGCUGAAGAAGUCCUGAAUUGGAUGACUAUGUUUGUGUUUAUUGCAAAAAAAAAAAAAAAAAGACUUAUGUUAUAUGUAACUGUCUUCCCCCAAACUGCAAAACAAAUAGUAAAGGAGUCACCCUAUUAUAUUAAUAUCUAGUGAAAGCAUAACUGUGCAGCAUCAUGUUGAUAGUAGUUGCAAGUUUAUUAAAGAGAAGUAAGUGCUAUUGAAAUUUGAAUGCCAUUAAGCAUUUUCAAUACAAAUAUAUAUGCAAUAAAUUAAGCCUCAGUUAUACUUCCUUUUUUUUUAACCCAUGAAAAAAAGAUAUCCAUCUCUCCUGUAUUAAGAAGCAGCUUUAAAUUCCAGUUCUUUCUUGUUUUAAACUUAUGGAUUUCCUAUUAUUAAUAUUUUUAAAAGAAAAAAAUAAUAUUCAGUCAUUAUGUGGUUAUUAAAUUUAAACUCUGCUUUUCUUUACAAAUUCAAUAUGUAACAAGCAAAACUUACUAGAGCAUUUAAAAUAAUUAAUUAAAAUAAAGGGAACUAAUAAAAAAACAGUUUUAUCUUCUAAACUGAUAUGGACAGAGAAAAAAAAAAAAAUGUGAAAUUUCUAACAAGAAAAUUAUUUGAAAUUCACUAUACUAAAUUAGAGCUUUUUUGCAUUUGCAUUCUCUGUUUUUUUUUCAUUUAAAAAAAAAAGUAAAAUGCUUUAUGUUACAAGAAAAAGCUAGGAAAUUUAAAUAAUGAAUGAACAAUAUUUAAAUUAAGAUAUGAAUUCCAUUACUAUGUAUCACCCAGUUAUUAUUUGAAUCAAACAUGAUAAUUAUUUAAACACAAAAUCGUUAAACUUUUAAUGGAACAGUUAUGGUUUGGUCUGCUUUUAAUCGCAUUUUAUAUGAAAUAUAUUUGAAUUGUUUAUAUGUAAUAUAUAUAUAUUGUAAUGUUGCUUGCUAUCUUGAUGUAUAUAUUAAAAUAUCUUAAAUUUGUAGGAUUUUUUUUUCUCCUGUAUCAGCAUAUAGUUUUGCAUUUCUCAAAAAAAUAUCAUUUUUUCAUGUCAAUUUAAAUGAGUUGAGUAGUACUUUGAGUAUUUAAUCAGUUUUUUUAUGCUAUCCUGUUAUAAAGUAGAAUGUGAAACGAAAACAGAACAAUAUAAAGUAAGAAAUUUGAACUUUUAAAACCCUACUGAUCGAGAAAUUUCGAAUAGAAAUUAGAAUUAAUUAGUUAUAUUUAGUACUAGCUAUUAAUAGAUUAAAUAGCGUAGAUCAGUCAUAAUCUAUUGAUUAAAAAGACCUAAUUUUGAAUUUUCACACUUUCAACUUUAAAAAAACUAUAUGCUGUUAUUUUAUUACAUAGAAAUAGAGGGAAAAAAAUAUACACUGGAGAAAUUGACUAUUUUUUUAACUGUAACAAAAUUAGAUUCUGCAAAAGGAUAUCAUAAACUCUAA